AUGCAUUUCAUCCUAAGCCACCUUUCGGAACCUUUUGACCUCCAGAGGUUCAUCGAACUUGUUGAGCAGGAAAAGUGGGAAGACGAUGCUACGACGUUCAUUGCCCUACGCCAGACACUCCUUACUCGGCUCAUCGCCUUCGAAGACGAAGAUUUCUGCAUGGAGUCGCCAGAGAAUCGGCGUAUAGUCGUUGACCUUACCGAUACAACUCUGACAAGUGCAAGCCUAACCGACACCCUCGCUUUGAUGGCCAUAGACUCCUUUCUCGAGGGGAGCUUCAGUGGAGAGAAACUUAUAAUACUGGAUGGAUCAUGGGGACUUGUGCACGGAGCAGUCGAGCGGAAGCUCACGUCUCUAGCACGAUUAGGCCACCAUCGCCCUGUGACUACAAUCAUUAUAUCCACGGAUCAUUUCGUUCCUCCAAAAGAUGUGUGUGAUCACAUCAAUUUCGUCAUUGUCGCGCCGUCUUUUCUAAACCACCCAACGACGCCCUUGUGGUCACAACUUGGACUAUCUCCACCAGAUAUCUCAGAGUGUCAUUCCGUUCACUCCCGAGAUUCUGUCCGCUUGGUUUACACUGACAAGUCGAUUGUUUACGUCUCUCCCUGGGCUCGUAUGUGGGGCAAUAUUAACCUGGGGUAUGAUCCCACAGGAAUCGAGGAGCUGCAAGGUCUGGUACAAGUAAGCCCACUUCCGCCAACCAAGCAAGGCUCUGCAGCGACGACGACAUUUCUUGCCGAGGAGCCGACAAUAGCCGCUCCAGAGACUCCAGGGAAACUGCAGCAAGAAGAUAGUGAAUCAAUGGCGGACCUGGUGCGACUGCCUGAAGUCUCAGUCAACCGCAGCGACCAGGAGCAGCGCCAUUUACCCACUCUCAAUGAUGCCAACAGUGAAGUUGAAUCGGGACAGUGGCAGCAUAUCAAUAGCUCCGAGGACGAUCUCUCGCCUUUCCUACCUCUUAUCAAUGCGAUAAAAGAAGUCGAUACAGGGCCGCACGAUAGAGGUGCCGAGUUUGAGGCCGUUCGUCUCGCUGUGGGUCCCAAGUCAACCGUGAACAAACUUGGAUUCACCACAUUCACUCAAUACGUCAAGAGAGCUAUAAUCAAAGGAUUUGUCGAGGCAACCAGCGACAACGACUCACAACGACUUCGACUUGUCCCUUCACUAUUCCGUCACCGAAAGCUGACCGCUUCUCCACUAUCUUUCAAUUCAAAGAUGGGUGCCGACAUUCCUAUUGUCGGUGGCCAUAGACCGCGAUCAUCCUCAUCCUCUCGUUUUGAAGUGGAGCCUGUGCGGAAUUGGAGCCAACACUCGAAUAAUGUGUCCAGAGUCGAGUCUGAAAACUGUAGCUUUACCCACCAUGAUGCUAGGAGCGAUAUGAGCAUUUCAUCCGUCCAGGAUAAUCGUGGCAGCGACCCACUGCACUUUUCGGCCACAAAUGAUAAAGAUUCUACAUAUGGAAAUCCAUUCUCUACCCAGACCUUUGCCAUUGACCUGAAUGUGCCAGUUCAAGGCUCUAUCCCCUGGUUCGAAGCGGUGUCUGGCAAAUACCACCCCCAAUACCGGCCAUUGUUAACAGCAAUCCUUCGAGGCUCUCGCGCAGAGACAACAGUCAAUGUCGACUACGACGUUCCUCCCAUGUUCAAACCUUUACUUGUUGCAAUCCAUACGGCGUCUCCUACGGGAGGUAACCAUGCCUUCCUCGGCGACGUUGCACACAUCCUCGAUUGGAAGGAUUGUAAGGCUGCUAGAGCCUCCAAUGCGAACCAGUAUAUCAGCUUUGCCUGUGAUUGGGGCAUAGUAUCGGUUUUCGGUCAAAAGCCACAUGAAAUGGCUCGAAUACUGGUGGCUCCUUUGCCAAAAACCAAUAUAGUCCCCCAAACAAGUGCCGACACAUCUCAACGCGAGAGCGCUUCCUCUGCACAGUACCUACCUCAGGACGACGGUGCCGGUCCCUAUCAGCCUGGGUCACGCAUUCGAUCUCGAUCGUUAUUCUCAAUACCCCAUCCAGACACAUGGGUGGAUGGCCGGAAACGUGCUGCGAGUGUCUCCAAUGCCGAUGCAGAGGAGUACAAAUUCAUGCAAGAUGAGGCUCCCACAAACCACGCUCAUGGAGACGAUACUCAUGUGCCGACACCGGCCGCACCGGACGGAUAUCCCAAGCAAUAUGAACCACUCUUUUCAACCCUUUUAAAGUUGACAGGUGGUCACGCCAAUGUUCGGGUCCGACUCUCGGACCUAGAGACAGCCCUUUGCUCCGAAGGACCCCUUCAAGAGGCGAAAAAUGUCAGCCUUUUCCUUCACGCCUAUAAAGACAACAUCAUCACGCGCAGUGUUGAUAAGGAUGGCUCGUGGAUUUCACUAAAUUUCCCUCUGGACGCGGGGCAAAUGGGUCGCCCACUCGUUGAUGACGCUGCGAGGCAUGCUGAUUAUGUAAAAGCUAGUCACGACUCAGGCAACUCCGAGUUGGAGGUGUUUCUCUCACUCAUUAACGCGGUCAAACGGCAGGGAGGCUCGAGUGGACGCGCAAAUGUCUCGGCGGUGCGGGAUUCACUGUACGAUUCCAAGGCUGGACAUGUUCCCGCAGAGGCAGAGCAAGCUUUCCAGCGCUACAUUCAGCUCGCCGUGUUCCAUGGAGUCAUCGUGAGUGGUGGAUUACCGCCCGACCUCUGGAUACAACUCAAGCCUGGGAUCGAGUCACUCGCAGCGAACCUAGGAAAUGGAGCCCAAAAUCGCACUGAAACCCCGUUGGACCUACGCGAACGCGAAUCUUUGGUGGAGGGUCCUUUGGAGGGGCAAGGGGACAAGUUCCAUUCUCAAGAUGGCAGAUUUAAGCCUCUCUUGGAUGCCAUUACUCGUGCCAGUAUCGAUGAUGAUGGCAGAGCUUACGUCUUGCAGGUUGAAUCCGGAUUGGAUUCCGAUUAUCGUACUUCUGCAAGAGUUACUAGUCUAUCUCACUACAUAGAGCUGGCCAGUGAGGCCGGUUUGGUCACCAUUGGUGGCAAGCGGCCUGCUCAUUGGGUCCAAAUUCUACCAUCCGCUGGAUAUGUCGGUGAUAGGCCAAGAAAGGACGUUCAAAGUGACAAUGGGAACAUCCCGCAGCCCCUUCCACCAACGCAAAUGGAGCCGUUGGACUCGAGUUCCACGCGUGACACGAAAGCAGACGGGAAGAUACCUCCUGUUGAUGCCAAAUUUGGUCCAAGUCCCGGUGACAAUCUGUAUCCAAACCUCGUCCGAGCUAUCCUCCUUCGAGGCAUGGGGAAACGCGGUGUCAAAGUGGAUAGGACAGCUGUACUAGAAUCACUUGCCGAAGACGCCCAGGUCGCCGAAAGAAUGGUCGAGGACGCUUAUCGAGAUGGUAUUGUUGAUCAAGGCGUUAUGGAUAGGUGGAAAUGGAUAUCGCUCAAAGAAAGCGUUCCUGAUAUCAAAGUCCAGCAAGCCAAACCACGAAUGAACGGUCUUCGUGCGUCAGACUACCCAGAAGAGCACAGUUGUAUUGUGUCUGCCAUUCUCCUGCACACGAAUGGAGCUGCAGGAAUAAAGGCACGAUACCCUGCCGUUCUAAACUCUAUGCAAGCGAGUGGCGGUCUCAAGACGGCAAGUAGCUCCACCCUAUUUGUAAACGCCACCAAAGCGGGUGUGAUGGAGUUUGGGAAUGAUCCAUCGGGUGUCUGGGUGUAUCUCAACUCACCAGAUGCUCGAAAGCCUUUCGAGGAACCAAAGGAGUCCCUUCCAAAGGCGUCUGCGAGUAAAGGGCAAAGUCCGACUCCGUCUACCACGCCCGGUCAUCCGCCAUCGGCUUCGUCGCCUGGACCACAAUCAGUCGACAUCACAGCCUAUCCUCCCAAAUUCCGAGCGUUGAUUUCGGCUAUACUAGAGUUGGCGAGCGAAGACUCUUUUGCGUUCGUGGACAGUCAAAAGGUGUGCCUACGUUUAGGGAGCAACAAGGGAGUAAAGGCCAUGGACCUGGGAUGGAAUACCUUUGGUAAGAUGGUGCAAGAUGCCGUUCGCGCUGGAUAUAUCGAACACAUAACCGAGGGAACUGACCGGAUGCGGCUUGUCGCAGAGGGUGUGCCAUCAAUCACCCCAAAGCCGUCAGCCUGCAACGUCGACGACUAUCCGCCCACGCUAUUACCGCUUAUUUUGACAAUAUUGAGCUGUACACACGGCAUGGCUAAUGUGCCAGCAGACAUGAACGACGUCUUCGUUUUGAUGGAGCGGAAUUUGGGCACGAAGCGGACUAUAUUUGACGGUUUAGUGGUCGUUGGAGCUUCGAAAGGGUUUAUUUCCGUUGGAGACGUGGAUGGGCGGAAGACGCUGAGCGUUCUGAAGCGUUGA